CGGGGGCGGGGAAGGAAGAUGGCGGCCCCCAGCAGCCGGUGAGGAGAGAGGAGGACACGGGGAUCCCGGGGAGCGGCCGGAUUCUUGCGUUAUGGCCGCAUCCCCGCACACUCUUUCCUCACGCCUCCUGACAGGUUGGGUAGGAGGAUGUGUCUGGUAUCUACAAAGAAGAGCUAUGCAGGAAUCCCCUCACACAUUCGUGCAUCUUUUCAGGAAUGUCAAUAAGCAGUGGAUUACAUUUCAGCACUUGUCCUUCCUCAGGCGCAUGUAUGUCACACAACUGAACAGGAGCCUCAACCAGCAAGUAAAACGGAAGCCAGAACCCGUGGCAUCUCCCUUCCUUGAGAAAACAUCUUUGGGUCAAGCCAAAGCAGAAAUCUGUGAAAUGAGACCUCUUCCACCCCCCAGCCUACCGUUAUCCAGAAAGCCAAAUGAAAAAGAAUUGCUCGAACUGGAAUCAGCCUCCAUAAUUGAAGGCUCGCUAGAUGCGGGGAAAGAGAUGAAGGAUGAAAAGCACUGGAAAGAGAUGAAGCUGCAGCUGGAUGAUUUGCCAGGAAUUUUGGCGCGGCUGUCCAAAAUCAAACUCACAGCUCUGGUCGUCAGCACCACUUCGGCCGGGUUUGCACUGGCCCCAGGACCUUUUGACUGGCCCUGCUUUCUGCUUACUUCUCUGGGCACAGGCCUUGCAUCCUGUGCAGCCAACUCCAUCAAUCAGUUUUUUGAGGUGCCAUUUGAUUCAAACAUGAAUAGGACAAAGAACAGACCUCUUGUUCGUGGACAAAUCAGCCCUUUGCUAGCUGUGACCUUUGCCACUUGCUGUGCUGUUCCAGGAGUCGCCCUCCUGACCUGGGGGGUGAACCCGCUCACGGGAGCCCUGGGGGUCUUCAACAUUUUCCUGUAUACUUGCUGCUACACGCCGUUGAAGAGGAUCAGCAUCGCCAACACGUGGGUGGGCGCCGUGGUCGGGGCCGUCCCGCCCGUCAUGGGCUGGACGGCAGCUACUGGCAGCCUCGACGCCGGAGCCUUUCUCCUGGGAGGGAUCCUCUACUCGUGGCAGUUCCCCCAUUUCAACGCCCUGAGCUGGGGCCUCCGUGAAGACUACUCCCGCGGCGGCUACUGCAUGAUGUCGGUCACACACCCGGCCCUGUGCCGGCGCGUCGCUCUGCGCCACUGCCUGGCCUUGAUCGGACUGGCGACGGCGGCGCCCGUCCUCCAGGUCACCACGUGGACCUUCCCCGUCAUCUCCCUCCCCAUCAACCUGUACAUUUCCUACCUCGGCUUCCGGUUCUACACCGACGCGGACCGGAAGAGCUCCCGGAAGCUGUUCUUCUGCAGCCUGUGGCACCUGCCCUUGCUUCUGCUGCUCAUGCUCACCUGCAAGCGGCCCCCGGCUGCGGGCGGUGCGGGGGGAGAGCCUCGGACUUGAAAUCCCCGGG